AUGAACAUAAAUUUAUUAUUUCGUGGUAGUCGUGAUGGAUUAAGUUCCGCUAAUUUUCAUCGGUUAUGUGACGACCAAGGUCCAACAGUUACAGCUAUACGACUGAAAGACCAUUCAAAAAUAAUUGAAGAAAAAAGAUUCAAUAAGAAGAUAUCAAUUAGGAAAAAAUAUGAAGAAUUAUGGAGCUUUAGACCAGUAUUUGGAUCUGAACCUGCUUUAGAAAUAGUCUUAUGUGAAACGGGUUAUUAUGUCCAUGGUCGAAAAAUUGAAUACGACAAGUAUAACUUGCUUGAUG